CACUGGGAAGACUUGCGACUUCGGUGUCCAGCAGCCUGUAACGCGACCGCCCAUUGGCUCAGCUUAGUACGGCUUGGCCGUGGAGCUUCCAAAGGCCUUAAGGAUUGGCUGGAGCUCCAAGAGCCGUGGCCAGUUGGCGGCUGUAAAGAGAAAUAGGAAUAGGAAAGCAGAAUCCAGUACUUAAAAACAAAGUCUCCUUUGACUCAGUUUUCCCUAAUGGCCCCCGCCCCCACCCCUACCCCUGAGCUCAGUCGCUCAAAAAUUGAAUUUGGGGCAGGAGGGGCGCGCUGGAGCGCGGCUGUCCUCGGAGCCUGCGGCCGCGGCGAGCGUUCCAAGCUUCGCAGACGCUCGGAGAUCAUGGAGGAUGCGACUAGGGCCUUGGGGAAAGGAAGCCUGCCCCCGGGGCCGGUCCCAGAGGGCCUGAUCCGCGUCUACAGCAUGAGGUUCUGCCCCUACGCGCACAGGACGCGCCUUGUCCUCCGGGCCAAAGGCAUCAGGCAUGAAGUUAUCAACAUUAACCUGAGAAACAAGCCUGAGUGGUACUAUACAAAACACCCUUUUGGCCAAAUUCCUGUCCUGGAGAACAGUAAAUGUCAGUUGAUCUACGAAUCUGUCAUCGCUUGUGAAUACCUGGAUGAUGCUUAUCCUGGGAGAAAGCUGUAUCCAUAUGACCCUUAUGAGCGGGCUCGCCAAAAGAUGUUAUUGGAGUUAUUCUAUAAGGUCCCACAUUUGACCAAGGAGUGUCUGGUAGCAUUGAGAUGCGGGAGAGAAUGCGCUGAUCUGAAGCUUGCCCUGCGUCAGGAAUUCUGCAACCUUGAAGAGAUAAUAUAUCCAGAAGUGGAGUUGCAGGUUCAUAUGGGUAGUUCUAUUUUUAAUUUUUUGACAAAUCUCCAUAAUGUUUUCCAUUGUGGCUAUACCAGUUUAUAUUCCUGGUAUAAAUAUAUUUAUGUCUGAGUUCUCUAUUCUGUUCCACUGAUCUAUGUGUCUGAUUUUGUGCCACUACCAUACUGUGUUUUUUUAAUUCCAUUUAUUUUUAUCUUCUCUAAUUAAUUUUGAAACUGUAGUUUCAGUGUAAAAAAUCUUGCAUUUUUAUUGUAUCUAGUCCUAGAUAUUUUAUUUUUUGAUGUUAUUUUAUAUGGGAGUGAUUUCUUAAUUUUUUUUUUUCAGAUUUUCCAUUGAUAGGGUAUGGACAUGCAACUAAUUUUCACAUAUUGACUUUGUAUCCUGCUCUAAUAUUUAUUGUAUAUUCUUUAGGUGUUUUUUUUUUCAAUAUAUAAAAUCAUGUCAUUUCCAGAAAAAAAAAGAAAAGAAAAGAAAAUCUGGCAAGGAAGGGAGAAAGGCAUGUGAUGAAUUUCUUCCUUUCCCUGAGGUACCGCAUUCCUUAAGAAGCUAUGCAUGGCUUCUGUACUUUCUGCCAAUGAAGCUAAGAUUUAUAUUCAUUAGGGAUUUUAUUUGGCUGUUGGUAAAAGGGACCUACCUACUGUAAACUUAUUUUAUAAAGCUUUAUUCUUUUAUGCAAAAGAGACAGAGGUAGUGCAGUUCAGGGUUAUUUUGAUGGCUUUUUUAUAGUUACUAGGGACUGAGGAUCUUUCUUUCCAUCUGUUCUGUCAUCUUUAGUACAAGUCUUCCAUCCUUAAAAUCACAAAACAGCUGCUGGAACUGCAGCCAUCACAUCCAAGCUCCAGGUUGCAGAAAGGAAAACAGAGAGAAAAAAUGGCAAAGGCCAGGCCCCUUUAUUCAAAGCCUUUCCCAGGGGGCACCGGGUGACUCGGUUGAGUGUCUGCCUUCAGCUAGGGUCAUGAUCCCAGGGUGCUGGGAUGGAGCCCCACGUUAGGCUCCCUUCUCAGCAGGAAGUCUGCUUCUCCCUCUGCCCCUCCCCCUGCUCGUGCUCUCUCUCUUUUUCUCUCUCAAAUGUUAGAAUUGUACAGUUGCAGUAUUUAUAGAUGAUGAAUAAUCAUCUAUAAGAAAUGACUCUCAGAAAGAAGAAAAAGAAGCUCUGAUUUAUACCAUUUUCUGAUUAUAGAUGAUGGAUAAUCAUCUAUAAGAAAUGACUCUAAGAAAGAAGAAAAAGAAUCUCUGAUUUAUACCAUUUUCUGAUUUCAGUGAUGUAAAUACUCCCACCAAAGGCUGAUUUUGACCUACCAAUGCUGUGUCUCUAAGCUCAGGGCUGAGAAGAGAUGUGAUUGGUGAUUGGUCAGCUCUGGCACAUCACUGAAUGACACAUUUCCACUUUAUCUUCAGUAGCUGAGUCCUAGAAAUAACCUGUUAACUAGCCCAGGUUUAGGUAGCUUUCACUGAUGGUUUUUAAGGACCUCUGAGUGAGUGAGUAUUCAGCAUUGUUCUAGCAGAUUUGAAUGUGGUUUUGUCCCAUCAUUAGCAUGAAUUAUAAAUAAAAUAUAAGUAAUAUCAGAAUCUGAAACAUGCCCAUUUAGCUUGAAUUAUUUGAUCCAAUCAUCUAAAUACCAGUAUAUUGACUCUAGGAGAUUCUAGUGAGAUAGAAACUUGUCAGAAUAAUUUUGAUAGAGAAUGUUCCCUGACUUGUGCAACUCUUUUGCAUGGUUUUGUAUAAUCAGGAUUCUGUGAGAGCUGAAAGUGUAUUAAAUAUAUGUGGUCUUUCGGAGGGAUAAGCAAGUUGAGAUACAUAAUCUUCUGCCAUGUUAUUCUCAAGCAAAAGGCUCAUUUUACCUUUUACAGCCUUAAACCCUGACAGUUUCUUCUUUUGAAGUAAAUGCCCUGACUUUAAAAUUUUUUCUUAAAAAAUAACUUCAUCCAAAUUAAAGGUUAACUGUGCUUGUUCUAUAACCACAUUUUUCUGUAAUAGGUUCACAAUUCUUUGAGGUGCACGACUGCUGUUUUCAUGAUCAAACCAGCAGCUUCCCUGCUUCCUUUCCUGUUCUGAACAUUUUCGUGAGUUUUAAAAUGACGGGGAGGCCAUUCUGUAACCACGCUUUCUGUUUUCAAACCAACUUUCGAGACUUUACUGAAUCAACCUCAGUGGUACUCAUCUUUUUAGCUUUAUUCUUUUUAUAACGUGUGUGAUUGAUUUCACCAUACCAGAAUAGCACUUUGAGCCCACCUUCGUUUUUAUCUUUGUGGAUUUGAAUGUGCCAGACUUUUCAGCAAUGCUGCUUCUGUUCCUUCUCCUCCUCCUCCUCCUCCUCCUCCUCCUCCUUCUUUUUGCCCGUGCCCUCAUUCUAAAUGUUUUCAUCGUGGAAGCAGUCAGCUCAAGUACAAGGGCAGUGAAAGACAGGAUUCGGCCAGAUUUCUCUGAUGCUUCAGAAUUGUGCUCUAAGUCAGUGUUUCUGUGCAUAAUAAUUCUGUAUUCUGGCUAUUGCUUGAGCUCCUGCUAGUCAUCAGCAGAACUCAAUAAAAGGGAAUGAGAAGGGCAGUAACGUAGAUAACUCCGGAGAAACGCUGAGGGAGGGACAACCUGCCUAGUAACUUGAGGCCUUCAGCUUCUGGGGGCCACAGGACACUUGAUGUUUUUAAUUCUCGGCAUUCCCCAACCUGCCUUGUGGUAUCUCCACGCAGUUUCCCACCUCGCCCAAUUUGAUUACGUGCCUUGUGUGUGCCACUGUUUGCAUGAGGGCAAAUUUGUAUAAGCUGUAUUUACAACACCCAGGAGCAUCUCUAGUUAAAUAUUUUCUUGAUUCAGAAUUUCUCCCAUAGCCUUAAUUUUUAAUCUGUCCUUUCUCCUCUCCAGAAAGAAUACAUUUGUGCCCAGUUAGACCACAGUGUCUUGGUUAAGUUUUGCUAUUUCUCUUUUUUAAUUUUUAUUAACUUCAAUAAUGAAAUUAUUUAUAUGUUGCUUGGUUGCUUCUUGUUUGAUGUUACUAGGACAGGAAGGAAAGAAAGUCUAUAUCUGGCUAACUGUUCACUGAAAAUAACUUUCUAUAGCCUUUUGUGUAUGGCAAAUGAUUUAUAAGCAAAAUUUAUCUUGGUAUCAACUAACUUACCAUGUCUACAAACUAAAUUCAUUGCUACUAGCUAUUUUUUAUAACAGCUUUAUUGACAUAAUUCACAUACCACAAAUUCACCCUUUUCACGUGUACAGUUCAGUGGUUUUUAGUAUAUUUACAUAGUUGUGCAACCAUCACCACUAGUUAAUUCUAGAACAUUUCAUCAUCUUAAAAAGAAAUCCCUUAGUCAUUAGCACUGGCUUCCCAUUUCUUCAAAACCUUCCCAGCCAUAGGCAACCACUAAUUUACUUUUCGUCUUUAUGAAUUUACCUGUUCUAGCCAUUUCAUGUAAAUGGAAACAUAAAAUGUUAGCCUUUCAUCACCUUCUUUUACUUAACAUAAUGUUUUCAAGGUUCAUCUUUUAUUCCUUAUACUGAAAAGUAUUGCAUUGCAUGGAUAUACCAUAUUUUGUUUAUCCAUCAGUUGAUGGACACUUGGGUUGUUUCCACUUUUUAGCUACUACAGGUAAUGCUGCUGUGAGCAUUUAUGAGCAAGUUUUUGUAUUGGACCUAUGUUGUCAAUUCUCUGGGGUUUGCUAGCUGAUCUAGCCUGUCUACUAAUAUACCAUUUUUAGUUGUAACCACCAUCCUUCCACACCAGGGAACUGAUUAUCCUCUACUGACAGAGGCUGACUGGGUGGUUUUAGUGCUCUUGCUGCUUCAGUAACUUCACCCAUUGUCCACUUCUGACAGCUGUUUUCUAGGUAAACUAAUAUUUGCUGUAUUUCUGUUAAUAGCCUCCCACUAUGCCAUCUAGCACCAUGUAAAUAAUAGAAUAAUGAUUAUUCCUAUUAUCUAGAGAUUAAUUUUACUCUUCUCCAAUUGUAAAGAAAUACUUGUUCUUUAGAGAGAAUUUGGAAAAUACAGAAAAAUAUAGAAAUUCAGACAAAAAAAUCCAUAAUCCCACUACCCAGAAACUACUGGUUGGACUUUUUGUUUUGGACAUUUGGACAUUUUGGACUGUUUGUUUCCUGUCCUUUUCUGCUAUGUAUAUUUUUAUGUAGUUAAAAUUGUACUGUAUAUGGAACUAGGUUUCCAUUAUGAUGUAAAGAUCUUCCCAUGUUUUUAUAAACUCUGUAAAUACUUGUUUAUAUGUAUUGAGCAUUUAUUAGAGAAGCAUUAUUUAUGAGGGUGAAAAAUUAUAAACCUUAACAUACAUCAGACGGGGAAUGGUUAGAUAAAUUAUGUUCAUCUUGUGGAAUUCUGUACAGCAGCUUAAAAUGGAUGAGGUAGAUCCAUGUGUACUGACAUGGAAAGAUUGCCUAGAAAUAUUUAAGUGACUUACACAGUAAUGCAGAUGGCAUGAUCCCAUUUUUGUAGAAGAAAACAAAUGUACAUAUGUGUACAUAUACAUGUAAAUAAAUGUCCAGAAGAAUGCCUAGAGAGAUACACCUGGCACUCCUAAGAGAGGCUGCUACUGGGAAAGGGAUGAGUACGGGGAUAGGAAAGAAAAGUGGGUAAAAGCAGGGAUGGGGAAGGGCAGGUCUUUGCCAUUUAAACUGCUUUCUAUCAUUUGAUUUUUUUUCAAAUAAUGAGAAUGUGUUUCUGUAUUAUGUGUGUAAUCAUUAAAAAUAGAAAAAAAAUCACUUUCAUUCUACAUAAUUUGCCAUGUGUAUAAACCGGAGUUAUUUUAUCCAGCACCCCCAUCAGGAAUAUUUAGAUUGUUUCUAGUCAUUUACCAUUGUGAAUGGUGCUGCAAGAAACGGCAGCUUUUUUUUUUUUUUUUUGCAUAAAAAACAUUUUCUCUAUUUGAGAAUGUCCUUGGGUCAGAUUUCCAGGAAUGGAAUCACCAGAUCAAAGGGUAUGAACAUUAAGAGGCUUGAGCUGUGUGCCUGCUAAAUUGCUUCCCCAAAGCCUUGUGCUGUUUGCCCCUGACCAGGAGUAUAUAAAAAUUCUCUUUGCACGGCCACUUUUCACUGUGGGGAGAUUUCAUUAAAGAAGAUAUUUGCCUGCUUUGGAGAGAAGCAGUAGUUUUUCACUGUUGACUUAAUUUGUAUUUCUUUGAUUGCUAGUGAAGUAGAAGAUUUUCCCCCCAAGUAUGCCACCUCUUUGUGUUUUGUUUCUGAAAAUGGUCUGUUACCCAUCUAUCAAGAGCUUCCUGAUUUUCCUUGUUGAUUUGUAAAAGUUCCUCUUAAUGAGGUCCUUAUAUAUAAAGGAUAUUUGCCUGUUUUUCAAAAAUACUUGUUUUUUAUGUUUCUUUUGUUUUUAACUUUUAGUCUGGCUUAUCUUAUUUAUACUUAAUAGAAAUACAACAUUUAGCAAUAUCGUGCUAUAUAGGUCUUUCCUGUUGUGAU